UGGUGUAAUAGAUCGAGAGCAUUUUAACUUUGACAAACUUUAUCCAUUUCUUUUUAUGUCUUAAAUCUUAGAAACAACUUGUACUUGAACAACAGUGCUAAAAAUGUUCGUUCUGCUGAUUCGUUUAUGUGUUUUGGCAACUAUCACAAGACUGGCUUGUGCAGAAUUACCGUCAUAUAUAAAAGCCUGCAAGAAAUCAGAUCCAGAUAUAAAUAAUUGUAUAACACAUACUAUUGAAAGUUUGCGAGAUAAGUUAGCGCAAGGAAUACCAGAACUAGAGGCUCCUUCAAUAGAACCGCUGCUCCUGAAGCAAAUACGAUUGCUGCGGGGACCUGUUGGUGCACGCUUGGACUUUAACUUAACAAAUUUGAUGGUCAGCGGUCCAUCUGCUUUCAAAAUAAGAGACUUAAAGGCAGACGUAGAUAAUUUAAAAUUUACAUUUAAGGUCAGUUUUGAUACACUUAGUUUUCACGGAAAAUACCAAAUUAAUGCCAGAAUUUUACUACUAAGACUUACUGGGAGCGGGGAUAUAAAAGGAAAUUUCACCGGAUAUGAUUCAGAUGUUAUUCUUAAGGGUAAUAAAGUUUAUAAGGAUAAUGAUGUCUAUCUUUCUUUUGAAAAAAUGAAAUUAAGGAUUAAAAUUAAUGGCGCCAAGGUUUAUCUUGAUAAUUUAUUUGGAGGAGAUCCCGUUCUUGGUCCUGCGAGUAACGAAGUCUUGAACGCAAACAGUGGCCUGUUAUUAGAUGAAGUAAAGCCUGUACUGGAAACAUCUCUAGCCGAACUUUUUACAGAUGUAGCGAACAAAAUAACGAAGUCAUUUACUUACAAAGAAUUGUUUCCUGAUGACUAAAAUCCAAAAAUAUACGCAGGAUCUCUAAUAGUCAUUGCUGCUAGGCAACAAAUAUUUAUAAUAAAAGAUAUAAUUAUUUUUAUUAUGUUUGUUUCGUCGAUAAAAAUUUUAAUGUACUUGUUAUUUAUUAUUUUAUUUAUGUCAUACAAAUAAAUUAUCGUUAAUAACUUAA